AUGGAGCGCAUACAGGGUGACCCGGCUGUGUCCGGUGUCUCGAACCCCGACAAGAACAGAACGUACGAGUGUAGCUCAUCUGCCAGCGACGAUGGCACCUUGGCCCAGCCAAGUUCCCAAUCGAUUUCGUCACAAGUCGACAAAGGCUCGACGAAAGCCCAGCAGGUGGUGGUGGUGGUGGACGAGUCCCCCGAUUACACGGUUGCGCAAGCAGACACAGCAGUCAUCCUCACCUCCAGUGAAACCGCACCAAAAUCUGUUCGAGCUGACGAUGCUCCAAUAACGACCCAUGACCCUGACCUGGAGGAGAGUACCGACUCCGUCAUAUCUCGUGCAGACACGGUCUUUUCCAAAUCGACGACAAACUCCCCUUCACUUUACGGCGCAUCCCCGCUUCCGUCGGGUGAACCCAGCUCGCCAGGCGAGAGGUCGAUGCGGCUGCUGCUAUCAUCACCGUCACCAUACCACACGGCACUGGAAGCGACGAAACGGGGGCGAGAAGAGGCGGGCGAAGAAGAAGAAGAAGAUGAUGAUGACGGGGAGUUCGACGCUGAGCAAGAAGAAAGGGCAGCUGUAGAGCAAGCGGCCGAGGACGGGAAUAUCACCAUCGACCAUGACGAGAUGGCUUCAGACGCGGGUUACGAAUCUGACGCCAACACAACAUGUUCGACGUCGCUAGCUGAGAGUAUACGCGACUAUGUUUAUGAGAAUGGGAGGCGCUAUCACAGGUUCCGUGAGGGACGAUACAACUUUCCCAAUGAUGAUGUUGAGCAACAACGAGAAGACAUGAAACAUGCCAUGGUGAAGAUGUUGUGCGGAAGGCUGUAUUACGCGCCCAUCGGGAGCCAUCCCCAAGAAAUCUUGGACAUUGGAACUGGGACGGGACUUUGGUGCAUUGAGAUGGGUGACAUUUUCGAGAGCGCGAAUAUCCUCGGCGUAGAUCUAAGUCCAAUACAACCGGAGUGGGUGCCGCCUAAUGUGCGGUUUAUGGUCGAUGAUAUUGAAUGGCUACACCCUCGUAACUACUUUGACUAUGUCCACACUCGCCACACCGUAAUGGGCAUCAAGGACUGGCCUCGUCUGAUGAGGCGAACAGUGGAACACCUCCGACCAGGCGGCUGGUUCGAAAUGCAAGAAGUUGUUCACUUCCCCGUCUCCAUGACCGGCCCCAUGCCCGCCGACCACCCCCUGGCUCAAUACUGGGCUGUAGUCCGCGAUGGUCUCGCUGCCCUAGGUGUCGACUUCCAUGCUGCGGCCGGCGGCAACCUAGCACAAAUGAUGCGCGAGGCUGGGUUCGUGAAUGUCACGGAGCGCAUUCUACAGAUCCCUAUCGGAACCUGGCCCAAGAAUAAAGUGCUGAAAACGGUGGGGCUGUACUGGCGCACGAUUUUGCUGGAUGGCAUCCAGGCUAUUGCACUGGGACCCCUUACGAGGGGAUUGAGAUGGAGCAGAGAACAGGUCGAGAUGUUUUUGAUUCAGGUUCGGAGGGCGUAUCAUGAUAACUCGGCGUUGUUGUACAUGCCGUUGCAUAUUGUAUAUGGGCAAAAGCCCGUGGCGGGGAGUUACUGAGUGA